AUGAAAGACAAAAUAGUUGCCUUUGUUGGAGAUUCAUUGAGCAGACAGCAAUUUGAAUCCAUGAUGUGCAUGCUCACCGGGGGCCAAGAGAGCUCUGACAUUGAAGAUGUUCAGUUCCUAUACACCGGAGAGAUCCAUCACCCUGGUUGGGGUUACCGGUUUCGGAGUACCAAUACCACAAUCUUGUAUUCUAAGUCAACAAGACUGUGUGAUCUAGAGCCUAUUAAUGCCACCGAUCCAAACACCCUUAACGCCAUGCAUUUGGACCGUCAGCCAGCUUUCAUUCGAGAAAACAUCGAUCACCUUAAUGUAUUAGUCAUGAACACGGAUCAGCAUUGGAGAAAAACGUUGGUUAGCUGGGACAACGAGGUGAUGUACGUGAACGGGGCGCCUGUCCAAGACAGAAAUCUCAAGAACAUCUCCAAUGCCAUGAUUUUUAAAGUGAACAAUAUAGUAAAAUGGCUUGAUUCUAAGUUGGCGUCGAAUCCCAACUUGCAAGUUUUCUUUAGAACAAAGUCGCCAACGCACUUUUUCAAAGGCGACUGGGACACCGGCGGUAGAUGCGAUAACACCAUUCCGAUGACCAGAGGGAGUGAAGUCUUCGAAGAUGAAUCGAGCGACAAGGUUGUAGCUGCUGCCGUUAAGGGUACCAGGGUGAAGCUUUUGGAUAUAACUGCUCUAUCUGAUCUAAGAGAUGAGGCUCACAAUUCAUAUUAUGGUAAAAAAUCCCCUGACUGCUUGCAUUGGUGCUUGCCUGGUGUUCCAGAUACUUGGAAUGAACUACUCAAUGCACAGCUCUAG